AUUCGCGACGUUGUUUCCGGAUAAAGAGUAAACGUACGACUGCUUUAACUCACCUAUAAAAUCACGACCGUCGAUUUCAUUUAUGUCAAGGGGCAAAACUGAAAAUCACACAAAAACAAACAAAACUUUGCUUACGUCACAUCAUUAUCUGUGACUAAUUCUUAAUCAUCAUCAUCAUCAUCACUUACUUAAAUCUAAAAAAAUCUCUGUUUGUAUAUAUAUUAUCUUUGCGAUUUUUAUCCAAAUCUUCCAAAGCUUAGUUUUUUUUUUUUUUCAAUUUCUCUCUUGCGUUUUCGAUUUUAUUACAAGAACUUUGUUUUGGGCUUCAUCCAUCGUUCAAGGUUCGUUGAAAACUAUGAAGAAAGUUGAGUUUUUUAUGCUCCUUCUCUGCUUCAUCGCAGCGUCAUCUCUAGUGUCUGCUGAUCCACCAACAUGUCCUGCUGAUUUGGGAGGCAAGUGUAGUGAUUCUGAUGACUGGCAAGGUGAUUUCUUCCCUGAAAUCCCCAAGAUUAAGUAUGAGGGACCUUCGAGUAAGAACCCACUUGCUUACAGGUGGUAUAACGCUGAAGAAGAGAUUCUUGGGAAGAAAAUGAAGGAUUGGUUUAGAUUCAGUGUUGCGUUUUGGCAUACUUUCCGUGGGACUGGAGGUGAUCCAUUUGGUGCUGCUACUAAGUAUUGGCCUUGGGAAGAUGGUACUAACUCUGUGUCUAUGGCUAAGAGAAGAAUGAGAGCUAACUUUGAGUUCUUGAAGAAACUUGGAGUUGAUUGGUGGUGUUUUCAUGACAGAGACAUAGCACCUGAUGGCACUACACUUGAGGAAUCUAACAAAAACUUGGAUGAAGUUAUCGAACUCGCCAAAGAACUCCAAAAGGGGAGCAAAAUCAAACCAUUGUGGGGAACAGCUCAGCUUUUCUUGCAUCCUCGUUAUAUGCACGGAGGAGCGACCAGCUCUGAAGUUGGAGUGUAUGCUUACGCUGCUGCUCAGGUGAAGAAAGCCAUGGAGGUAACACAUUACUUAGGUGGUGAAAACUACGUUUUUUGGGGUGGUCGUGAAGGUUAUCAGACACUCUUGAACACUGAUAUGGGAAGAGAGCUUGAUCAUCUAGCCAGGUUCUUUGAAGCUGCUGUUGCUUACAAGAAGAAGAUUGGAUUCAAAGGCACGCUUUUAAUCGAGCCCAAGCCUCAAGAACCCACCAAGCACCAGUAUGACUGGGAUGCUGCAACAGCUGCCAAUUUCUUGAGGAAAUAUGGUCUUAUUGAUGAGUUUAAGCUCAACAUUGAGUGUAACCAUGCCACGCUCUCUGGUCACACUUGUCAUCACGAGCUUGAAACUGCAAGAAUUAAUGGUUUACUUGGCAACAUUGAUGCAAACACUGGCGAUGCUCAAACUGGAUGGGAUACAGAUCAGUUUCUUACAGAUGUUGGAGAAGCAACCAUGGUUAUGAUGAGUGUCAUCAAAAAUGGUGGGAUUGCUCCAGGCGGCUUCAACUUUGACGCUAAACUGCGAAGAGAGAGUACAGACGUGGAAGACUUAUUCAUUGCUCAUAUUAGUGGAAUGGAUACAAUGGCUCGUGGACUGAGAAAUGCAGUCAAAAUCUUGGAGGAGGGAAGUCUAAGUGAAUUGGUACGCAAGCGAUAUGCAACUUGGGACUCUGAGCUUGGGAAGCAAAUAGAAGAAGGAAAAGCUGAUUUUGAGUAUCUUGAGAAGAAAGCUAAAGAGUUUGGAGAACCAAAGGUUUCUUCUGCUAAACAGGAACUCGCUGAGAUGAUUUUCCAAUCUGCAAUGUAAGAAGAAGAACAAGAAGGCUUUUUAUGUUUAUUAAAAGUAUCGUCUUUUUUAGUUUCCCUCGCAUCUUUGAGAAGUUUGAAAACCAAAACAUUGGAAAAUAAGAUGAUUAGAGAGGUUGGUUUCAUUAUUUCAGUUGAUGUACUAUGGUUUCACACUCUAAUUACUUUAAAUUGAAUAACAAAAAACUGUUUAGGCCUUUACUUUGAUUCAGUUACGGUUUUUGUGACAAAGACCAAUGAGCAAUUCCGAUCUAUUUCUUC